UUCUCCUCGUACAAAACCCCCCCUCUUCCCUCUCCAUUUCUACCUCAUUCUAAAACCCUUUCCCAAGUGUUCAACACCCCCCUCUCAUUUCAACAAAACCUCUCACUAAUCUUAAGCCCCUUUAAGCUCAAGAAUGUGCGGCGGUGCUAUAAUCUCUGACUUCAUCCCUCGCAACCGCGGCCGCCGUGUCUCCUCCAUGAUAUGGCCGGACAAUUUCUUCAAGUCAGAUCUCACCCCAUCUAGUCACAAAGACUCAUCACCUCCCGCCAAAACACCCCAUCCCAUUUCAGGGGAAGUGCAAGAACAGAAGCCGGCCAAGCGGCAGAGGAAGAACCUCUACAGAGGCAUAAGGCAGCGGCCAUGGGGCAAAUGGGCUGCUGAGAUUCGCGACCCGAGAAAAGGAGUCCGAGUUUGGCUUGGUACCUUCAACACAGCUGAAGAAGCAGCCAGAGCUUAUGACAGGGAGGCUCGUAAAAUCCGAGGCAAGAAAGCCAAGGUUAAUUUCCCUAAUGAAGAUGACCAAAACUUCACCAACUCCAGCCAUGCUGUACCAAUUCAGCACAAUAGAAGUGAUUUCAGUUACAACCAUCAUAUGGGAUAUGAUCUGAAUCAGACUACAACAUUUCCCUCAAAUUCAAAUGGAUUUGUUGUGACUACUGCUGACGCUAUUGCUUAUUCUGCGGAAGAAAACUCCGGUUCUGCUGGUUCUGAGAAAGAGGAAGCAAUACAAGGGAAUGGAACUGUGGCUGCUGAAGAGAAUGAAGUUCAAAAGCUCUCUGAGGAGCUAAUGGCGUAUGAGAACUACAUGAAAUUCUAUCAGAUUCCAUAUCUCGAUGGGCAGUCCCCAGCCCCUGUCAAUCCUGGUGCUCAGGAAAGCAUGGUUGGUGAUCUCUGGAGCUUUGAUGAUGAGAAUGAAAAUGUUCCUGCUUCUGCCACCUCUUCGUUUAAUUGAUGUUCCAUAGUCGAUCGAGUUGAUGUGUUCAUUGAUUCUUGUUUAAUUUGUGAUAAGUCCUAGUUACAAGAACUGUAUCAAACGGCUUAUUUUAAUUUCAUGUAAUUUGUAAUCGGAAUUUUAAAUUUUAAUUUCUUAUGAUUGUGUCAA